AUGGAGCUUUUGUUUUCCUCCAAAGAUCUAAUUAAAUGUGUAUGCAACUUCUUGAAAGAGCACAUUCAUCAUCAUCUUCUCCAGAGAUUAUCGCAUGCUGCUACCGGACCUUACAUGUACUUCUAUCCAUUUUGUUGUUUGUCUUCCUCCAAUCAAUCGACGAUUGUUGCCAACCACGAUAGACUCACGCUAUUGUUUCUGGAGUUGAGAAGUGACGUUUGGGGAUUCAUUUGUGCGGAAGGGAACGGUGAAGGCAAGCAAUUGCAUGGCAAGGAAAAACAACAACAGGGAGAGAUUGAAGCUAAAUUUCUGCUUGCCUUCAUUUUGAAGGUUUCUGAUGAUUUCAAUAUGAUUCCCCCACUCUUAAGACUAGAAAUCAGAAAGCUAUUUGCACAGUGGUUCAGGAAUGAAGAAUCAACGUAUCAAUGGUAAGAUUUCAAUCCACUCUGCAUAUGAAGACGAAGGUUAUUGUAAGUCUAUUCAGAGCAUCACCUGCCACUGAUUGAAGGUCUGCCAAGAAAAAGAACAUUAUGAAGCAAUUGAGGAGCAAAACAUGAUUUGGGAGUAAAUGGUGAAGCUGACAUACCUUACACUGUCUGGUGGUAGUGAAAAGAUAUACAAAGACCGAACUUCCUUAGAUGGAGAAGAAGAGACAAGACAAUGACUGGGAGACAGAGUUCUUGGACUAGGAGUGGAGAUUUUCCAUAUUAUGCUUUAUGUCUCCUUUUUCUUCAUCUUCAAGGCAAGGUUUUAAGAACAAUAUUUGUAUGAGAGAAUAUUUGAAGCAUGAUUUAUUUGUAUGCAUGUGCAUUACUUAAAACAAUAUUUGUGGUGAUGUUUAAUUAAAAAUCUUGUUCCUAGUGCAUU